AUGCCACUUCUUCAACUCCCUCUCGAAAUCCGCUAUAUAAUAUACGAGUUCGCCCUGUAUGUCUUUCAGCCACUACCGGAGAGCCCAGCUUGCGCGGGAAAGCGGGUGCGACUCUCACACUGUUCACACGAGUACCACGAAUGCCGCUGUCAGACAGGGGAUAUAUUUGUCAACUUUGAAUUUAGGGCCGUUAAAGAUGCCCAAUGCCUAUUCCAAGUGAAUCACCAGAUUUACAGGGAAGUUAGGUCUCUUCUUGGUCAGAGGGGAUUCCUGUAUGUGGUGGAUGUCAUGGUUGUGAAUGAGCGUGAGCUAUGGCCUACAUGGAUUGCUGCACCUGUGUGUUUUUACAGAGUUGAUCAUGCACAAGUCUCAUUCCGAUUUUUUGGGAAGUACGACAGCAAUAAUGGUGCCAGUCGGCUCCUGGAUAUGCUUCCUCAUUUUCUGGUCUACAUUACUCUGUGCUGGCCGGAGUGGUUUCAAAGAUACAACCCGCUGAAAAUAAAUAAGCUGACGCUGGAUUUCCGCACGCCUAAUGAUGAUCCUGAAAGACUCGCACCGCGCACAUUGGAAGCUUCUGAUUGGAUUUGGGGUCGAAUGGGCGCUGGAUCAGGGCCAUCUGUUGAAGCAGAAACUGGCCUAACCGGUCUCAUGCGGCCUGAAUGGCUUGCGAGAGAGAUGAGUCGGGUUGUUGAACAGGGGCUGCAGAUGACAUAUCUCGAUGGGACGUUGGGGAACACUAUGCACAGGCGACUGGGCACUGUGGAUAUCCGCGUGGAUGGAGACCUUCAAAAUACCUUCAGUGCUGCUGAUAUUCUGCAGCGCAUGCGCUAUGCGGAUGCAAUAUGUACGCCGCUGUACAUCCUUCCAGGUGAUCGAUUCAUGGCUUAUCUGAGAUGGAAGAAGUCAGUGUUGGAAGAUCGAGGAGCGAAUGGACUCCAAGUGCUCUAUCCGGAUGAGCCCGAGCUAUACAGCGGAUUAAGCUGGCAGAAGCUUCCGUCUUCGGUGUCCAGAAGACUAGGUUGA